GAGCAGCAUUGAGGCAUCAUCGCUACGCUGUGUGCGGCUGUGUGGAGGACGAUAUCUGCGGGACCGAGCCGCAGCACUUGUUGGGGGAACCUAUAGUAUGAGAACUUCCAUUACAGCUCCUUUGAUUUCUUUCAUUGUCAUAUUUUACCUUUUUUUUCAUUUUGACCAUCCGACCUCAUUGUUUUGCCCUUCUCAUUUUUCUGCUGCUGUCACCCACAGUUUGUCGCUCACCACCACCACCACCACCACCAGUAGCAGCAUCUGAAGGGGAAUAUCUCUCCAUUCCAGCACCAGCUCCUGCCUCUCUGUCCUUUUUCUCUGCUACUGAUUUGGAUUUUGGCGUGCACUGCUGGACUAUUACGCAGGGGGAUUUAUAUUUUUAUUGAUUUCCAUCUGCCGCCUGGCCCACUACUUUUCUCUGUGAGGGAUGUAUUACAGAGCGGAGAAGUGUGCGCUCUGAACAGAGGAGAAUAUACACCCGCUGCAGUUGAAUGAACUACUGCCGUGCGCCUUUGCUUUUUGGAAGUCCUCUGGAGAUGCUGUGAUCUGGGUUUGCCCAUCUCCUCUGGAUCGGGAUAUAAACUGAAGAAAUUGCCGUGGUCAGCCUUUUUUUCUGGAGCGCUUGAUUUAAUUUUUUUGUGGACAUAUUCGAGAAGGAUUGUGCGAGCAGGCUAACCAUGGGGGACUCGAUGUGGAGAUAUUAUUUUGGAGUUUUGUUUAUUGCCUUCAAGGUGGACUUGUGCCGGGCGAUCAUCCUGGAGUCCAUCUACUGGAACACAACAAAUACCAAAUUCGUGCCAGGCCAAGGCGUGGUGCUGUACCCCCAGAUCGGAGAUAAGUUGGACAUUGUGUGCCCCCGCACAGAGGGCGGGAUGAACGAUGGCGUUGAGUAUUACAAGGUGUACAUGGUGCCUCGGGAACAGCUAGAUAGCUGCACCAUCACCAAAGCCGACACGCCACUCCUCAACUGUGUCAAGCCCGACCAGGACGUCAAGUUCACCCUCAAGUUCCAGGAGUUCAGCCCCAACCUGUGGGGCCUUGAGUUCUUCAGAGGAAGGGACUACUACAUCAUCUCUACAUCUAACGGCACCAUGGAAGGCAUCGACAACCAGGAAGGGGGAGUGUGCAAGAUAAAGUCCAUGAAGAUAAUCAUGAAAGUGGGACAAAAUCCCUCUGACCCUAUUUCACCCAAAGACAGCCCCACCAGAGUACCCUACUCUCCCAAGAACCCAGAUGGCAAGGAGGCCUUCAACCCCAACGAUGUGCUGGAAAAACCAGGUGUAGCACCAAGAGAAGGCACCGGUGAUGACAGCGGAGGGAAGUCCUCGGGCGGCAUCGGCUCUGACGUGGCCAUCUUUUUGGCCAUUGCUUCGGGAAGCGUCAUCCUCAUCAUCAUCAUCAUCAUGCUGGUCCUGCUGCUGCUCAAGUACCGGCGACGACACCGUAAGCACUCGCCACAGCACGCCGCCACGUUGUCUCUGAGCACCUUGGCUACGCCUAAACGGAGCGGAGGCGGUGGGAACAAUAACGGCUCGGAGCCCAGCGACAUCAUCAUCCCUCUCAGGACUGCUGACAGCGUCUUCUGCCCGCACUACGAGAAGGUCAGCGGCGACUACGGCCACCCGGUCUACAUCGUUCAGGAGAUGCCGCCUCAGAGUCCGGCCAACAUCUACUACAAGGUCUGAGGCAGGACUUUUGAAGCAAGAGAAGAACUGGAACAAUCCCGGGCAGAAAAGCGGGACUUUUAGUUGGCACCGCCGGCAUGCCCGCAAUCACUCUUUCUCUCUCUGUCGACUCCUCCUCCUCCUCUUUCUCCUCCUCCUCCUCUUCCUCCUCCUCUUCUUCCUCCUCCUCGUCUCUGAUGUUUUGUCACUACUUUUUUUUAAUUGCUGAUACCUUGUCGCUCCGGAUUGGUCCCAGUCGGUGCUGACGGGGCGGGAGGAGGGAGCAGGAGAGAAGGCUCCUGCCGUCACUGCCUCCGCUCUCUGGGGGCUCUUGGGAAAUAGAGAGGACAAAUCUCUUUUUUUCCCCCUCGAUGCUGCUCCCCGUUUUGUUUUGUGCACUGCAGCCAGCAUUUUAGAGGAACUCAAUGUUGAGGGAUCAGAAGGUGAAACGGAUGCACAGCUUUUUUUUCGGAUGGAAGGACGGAUGUAUGGACUGGAAGGUAACUGGCAGGAAUUUUCACCCUUAAGAGAGACUACUUCUUGGAAAAAGAGACAAAAAACAAGUGAGGAGGAGAUGAAAAGAGAAUACGGGCUGACCAUGAACUCACAAAAAUGGCCGCCCUCCCUGAAUGCCCACUAGCCGGUGAGACUCUGUGCGUUCAGCAGUCGGACGAGGAUUCUCACACUGAUUCCUCUCCGGGACUUUCCUGACUGACUCAUGGAGAUCACCCAUUCACCCUGCCACCCACAUGCUCACCAUCACAUAAACACACCUUCACCCACACACACAGACACAGUGUCUCACCAGUGAACUGUUUGGGUUUUAAGUGUGGAUUACACCAUUUUUCUCCUCAUUCCCACGUAUGUUUUUUAGAUAGUCACUUCUUCUAGAUGAAGGUUUUAAGCAAGAGAAAUAGAUUCCCUUUUGUAUUGUACUGUCAACAUUUACUGAUCUUGUUUAUGCUCGUGUCUGAUUUCCAUAUCCCGGUGUAUGUGGAUGGAGAGAUUUUUGUUUUUCCUUUGUCAUAUCGUGUGUGUGACGUUCAAACAAGUGACCCAACAGUUGGCUAGGAGUGGCCAGAGCGUAAAAAGUGAGGAUUAUACAGGCACUCUCUUGCUAUAGGGCGCCUGUCAGUUCUGCCCAGGUGGCUUCUGGGAAGAGUGGAGGCCUCUCGUAUACAUAGAGCAGCACUUUUAACCCCUUUCUGGUACCUCCACUCUUCACAGCAGUCACGAUGAUGGCUAGAGAUGGGAGAGCAGCUGUAUCCCGUCAGAUUUACUGGUGAGGGCUCGCCUCAUCUCCUCUAGAACCUGGGCUUUUCACACGGGAAAGUGUUAGGGGCAAUAAGGAAUCCAAAACCCGCCUUACUGAUGUUUUUUCACACGAGGUGAAGAAGAGGCCUGAGAUGUUAGCGAAGCUGGCUGAAACAGCUCGAGGUACUGUACUGUUUACCCCUGGGGUCCAAUGAUGAGUAAGGGUGACAGGUGCUCUCCUAUUCUUGUUAAAACAUUUUUAAAAGCACAGGGACAUCUUCUUACAUUGUCACUGUUUCUCAAUCUCCAUUAGCAUUUCCAUUUUGUGAUCUUUUUGAUUUUUUUCUUCUUUUUUUUUUACAAUAUAGAUGUACAUUUAAAAAAAGGACAUUACGAAGAUGAAAUAAAAACCAUAGAAAAAUCAAAUAAAAAGCAGAAUUUAUUUAUGAUAGACACAUAGAGCACAGGUGUUGUCAGGCGGUAUGGACAGGAGGGAGAAGUGAUGUUAAUAUAUUAUGGUAUAAGUGCACAUUAUGCAAUCUAGGUUUUUGAUUAUUUCAUAUCUCUCGACCCGCUGAGUCCCGUAUUUCAUGAGCUCUAAGUCCUGGGAA